AUGGAUCUACAGAGUAAAACCUUCCCAGAAAUUUGUAUCUACGCGCUCAGUGGAUUUGUUGGAAUAUGCUCUGUCACUGGAAUAAUAAUCGUCUCAUUUAUUGUAUUCCAGAGUUUGUUUGGCUGCGAAGUCUGCUAUUUACCUGAUAGACUAACUAAUGGGCCGAUAGAUACGAAAGACGAAACCGCCCUAGAAGAAGAAGUCAACCUAGAAAAUGAGCUCUUCCCAUCUUCUACCGAAAGAAGUCCCGUGAUCAAAACCCGUUCCGAAAGUCGAUAUUAA